AUGCACUUCACCGGCGUCGCCUUGUCCCUCGCCGCCGCCGCCUUCGUCAAGGCCGACCUCCGACUCGACAACGACGACAUUCCCAGCCAGUGCCAGGCCGUCUGCCGCCCAAUCUACGACCUCGGCCGGGCCUGCGAGGUUGACGAUGACCGGAUCAACGACGACCUCACCGAGGGCCGUCUCGAGGCCCAGUGCGUCUGUACCAACAACAGCAUCAACGUCUCCCAGUACGCCGCGCUCUGCGCCAGCUGCAUGGACCAGAAUGUCCGUGACCGGGAUGACCUGGAUGACAUCAACGAUAUCCUGAGAACCUGCGGCUUCGCCAGCACCUCCUACGCCUCCACUGCCUCUUACGCCUCCUCCACCCCGUCCGUCUCAGCGGCGCGCCCCACUAACUCGGCCCAACUCACCACCACCAUAACUCCCGGCUCCGGCGGCGGCGGAGCUACUUCCCCGACCCAGACCCCCGCUUCCGGCUCCGGCAACAAUAACGGCGGCAGCAGCUCCACCCCGGCCCCCAACGCUGCGGGUCUCGUGUCACCUCAAGGUCUUGGUGUGCUUGGUGCCGCCGCCAUCGGCGCUUUCUUCUUGUAA